AUGUCGCUUCGGUUCGCACCCCCUCGUGCUGAGCUUCUGCAGCCGGCCACGAUAUCACCAGCAUCUCUUCAGCCAGCAAGUUCGGCAAGCAUCGUGCCAAGCCGGCACGAUGUUGCGAGUCGAAGUAGUCGCACUCUUGCGCUGGUGGCCACGCUGGGUGCGUGCCGCUCCUUUCAGAGCAAGCUUCGCCGAUGCGCUGCGCCGGCGCUGAAGCGCGUGGUGAAAGAGGACACCAAGACGAAGACGGCAAAGACGCAUCUCUGGGGAGUCGUGAUACGCGCUCCCAUUUGGAAAGGGCGGUGGUGGCAGUUCUGGAAGCCGGUCCUGAUAAGAAUGGGCCUUCGCACAUAUUCAGUUCAGCAGUUUGCCGAGAAGCUGGAAGAAGCACUGCCCGAACUCUUAACACGUGAGAAGGCGCAGCGAGCUGCAGGUGAGCUGGUGGAGACAGCCUUGAUCGGAGAUAUUGGGAAGGCCGUGGUUCUCGGUGACGCCCGCGACAAAGCAGAGCGAUGCCGUCAACGCCUGCAAGCCACGCUUCCGGACCUGGAGGUCCUCGUGGAGCCAAUGCCGUGA